AUGGAAGGGACACGGCAGGAGGAGCGCGAGAGCCUGGUGGGGGCUGUGCAUGGAGUGUCCGGGCCCGUGGUGACAGCCACGCGCAUGGCGGGGGCGGCCAUGUACGAGCUGGUGCGGGUGGGGCACGCGGAGCUCGUGGGGGAGAUCAUCCGGCUCGAGGGGGACAUGGCCACGCUCCAGGUGUACGAGGAGACCUCGGGGGUUCAGGUUGGGGACCCGGUUCUGCGCACGGGGAAGCCGCUCUCGGUGGAGCUCGGUCCGGGCAUCCUGGGCUCCAUCUUCGAUGGGAUCCAGCGGCCGCUGCGCGACAUCGCCGAGGCCACGCGCAGCAUCUACAUCCCGCGGGGCACCAAUGUCCCCGCGCUGCCGCGACACCUGGCCUGGGACUUCACCCCCAGCAAGAACAUCCGGGUCGGGAGCCACGUAACGGGAGGGGACAUUUACGGGACGGUGGCGGAGAACUCGCUGCUGCAGCACCGGCUGAUGGUCCCGCCCCGCAGCCGCGGCACCGUCACCUACAUCGCCCCCCCCGGGCACUACGGCGUGGGAAAGAUGGAGUUGAGGACAGGGAAUGGGGCAGGGAGAGACGGAUUUGGGGACAGGCACAGGGUGGAGCGGGGUCCCGCCACCCCCGUGCCGUGUCCCCGUGUCCCCAGGUGUGUCCAGGGUGGCACCACGGCCAUCCCGGGCGCGUUCGGCUGCGGGAAGACGGUGAUUUCGCAAUCGCUGUCCAAGUACUCCAACAGUGACGUCAUCGUCUACGUGGGCUGCGGCGAGCGCGGCAACGAAAUGUCCGAAGUGCUGCGGGACUUCCCCGAGCUCACCAUGGAGGUCGGUGGCCGCUCCGAGUCCAUCAUGAAGCGCACGACGCUCGUGGCCAACACUUCCAACAUGCCGGUGGCCGCCCGCGAGGCCUCCAUCUACACCGGUAUCACUCUGUCCGAGUAUUUCCGGGACAUGGGUUUGCACAGUUGUCUCCUGGCCGACUCCACGUCCCGCUGGGCCGAGGCUCUGCGCGAGAUCUCGGGGCGCUUGGCCGAGAUGCCCGCGGACAGCGGGUACCCCGCGUACCUCGGGGCCCGCCUGGCCUCGUUCUACGAGCGCGCGGGGCGGGCGCGGUGCUUGGGGACCCCCGAGCGCGAGGGCAGCGUCAGCAUCGUCGGAGCGGUGUCCCCCCCAGGAGGGGAUUUCUCGGAUCCCGUGACCUCGGCCACGCUGGGCAUCGUGCAGGUGUUCUGGGGGCUGGAUAAGAAGCUGGCGCAGCGCAAACACUUCCCCUCGGUGAAUUGGCUGAUCUCGUACUCGCGGUACCUGCGGGCGCUGGAGCCGCACUACGAGCGCGCCCACCCCGAGCUGCCCGCGCUGAGAGACCGAGCCCGGCGCAUCCUGCAGGAGGAGGAGGAGCUGGCCGAGAUCGUGCAGCUCGUGGGGAAGGACCUGGGCCGGGUGGUCACCGUGCGGUGGCACUUUCGGGGUGACCCCGCGCUCCCCGCUGUCCCCGUGUGUGACCUGAGGCAGGGUCAGCCGCGUUGUCACCCCCCCUACGGUGACAGGGCCACGCUGGUGGCCCCCGAUGUCCCCCCCGGGUCCCUGGUGCUGCGGGACGUGCGGGGAGGGGACAAUGGCACCUUCACGUGUCACCUCCUGGGGGACAACGAAUGCGCCUGUGGGACAGUGACACUGCGGCUGCGCGCCGGUGUUCCCUGCAGCCCCCCCUGCUCCGGGGCCCCCCCGCGCGGCGGCCGCGGCACCGUCACCAUUGUCACCGUCAUUGUCACCGUCACUGUCACCGUCACUGUCACCAUCGGCCUCCUGCUGCCACCGGCCCGCGGGUUCUGA